AAAAUAUUAUCUACAAUCCAACCAAAAGUCAAAGUUCCCAAGUUUUCGUCAUUGGAUUGCCGGUGGUUUAACUUGAAUAAUAUAAAUGUAAUAUAAUAUAUAGGACAUUACCAGUUGAUGUUUUUAUACUAUCUUAAAAGUAAUUUGUUAUCUAUUUUUUACAUACAGUUACAAGCUUAAAUAGGUAUAUAAAACAUCAGUACCUAAAGUGUAUUUCGCCGUUCGGUUACAGGGAUUUUUUAUUGUUUUGCCAUAUUUUUAUUCUAAAUAGUGUUGAUAAGGACUUGUUGGCAGAGUUCAAACGUUCAAGAUGUUCAAAUUAGGUAUCAAUACUAGCAGAAAUAUCUCAAUAGUGUUUAAACGCACAAUGUCCUCACAAGAACCUGAUAUUUUAACGGAAACACUGAACAAUGCUGGUGUUUUGACGUUAAAUCGUCCAAAAGCUUUGAAUUCGUUAAACGAGUCUAUGGUAACUAAGAUAUUAGCUCAGCUUAGAGAAUGGGAGAAGAGCAAAACUAUGGUUAUAGUAAAGGGUGCAGGAGACAGGGCAUUCUGUGCCGGAGGAGACGUAAAAGUGGCUAUAGACAAAGUUAAAGGACCACAAUUCUUUUACCCAGAAUAUAAUUGUAAUUAUUUGAUUGGGAAGUAUAAGAUUCCGUACAUAGCCCUAAUAGAUGGUAUCACCAUGGGAGGAGGUAUGGGUGUGUCUGUUCACGGAAGAUACAGGGUAGCAACUGAGAGAACAGUAAUUGCGAUGCCUGAGACUAGAAUAGGCUUGUUUCCAGAUGUGGGUGGAUCAUACUUCCUGCCGAGGUUACAGGUGAAUCUUGGGCUGUACUUAGGAUUAACUGGUGACAGACUAAAAGGUAAAGACGUAGUAAAAUCUGGGAUAGCAACACAUUUUGUAUCGAGCAGUCGACUUUACGAGUUAGAGACACUUCUGUCUCGGUGCACCAACGACGUGGAGAUCAGUGCUUUGCUCAAUAAGUUCAAUGAACCCCCGGAAGAGUUCACACUGGCUCCGAACAUUAAGCACAUCAACUACUGCUUCGCUGCCUCAACAGUUGAAGAGAUUAUUGAGAGACUGGAGAAGGUGAACAAUGAUUGGUCUCAGAAGACUAUUCAGACGCUACACGAGAUGUGCCCGGGCUCCCUGAAGAUAACGCUGCGCGCGCUGCAGCGCGGCGCUCAGCUGUCGCUGGCGCACUGUCUGCGCAUGGAAUACCGCGUCGCCUGCUGGUCCACGAGGCACCACGACUUCCCGGAGGGCGUACGCGCACUGCUCAUAGACAAAGACAACAACCCCCGCUGGACGCACAAGUCUGUCCGCGAAGUAGACGACGACUACGUCGAGCAAUUCUUCAAGAAGUUGCCUCAGGACCAGGAGCUGAAGUUCUUUGACGAAGAUUCCAAGUUGUAAGAACUCAAACCGUACUAUAUACUAUACUGUCGGCAAACAGUGCCGAACUCUGGCAGUUUAUUGAUGGCAUUCUUGCUGUAAAAAAAAGCUCACAUAGAAACUACGCAAUGUAUCCGAGUUCGUCGAUUCACACCUGUCUGUUCGGAGGGGCAAUGUAGGGUCUAAAGAAGAUGCACGUAUUUUUUUUAACAUGUUGAUUACUAAAAAUCAAUUGUGUUUUACUAAACUAUAAAAAAUUCAUACAAAAUUUAAUUUAAUACUGGCGUUGGAUCAAUGAUUUAGCAGGCUGCGGUCAAUGUGAGAAUUGAAAAGGAAAGCCGUACUGCUUCUCUUUCUUUUGUACAACUGCAUCCCUUUUUGUUGUCCCUUAAAUUGGAGCCUGUGUACAUCCCACACCCUACUUGCUCCACUAUUAAUAUUAUAAAUGCAAUAGUUUGUGUGUGGCAUAGAUGGGAUAGGAUAUAUUUCUUGAGGAUAUCUCUGUUGUAAAUUUACUUGCCGGAUUAAAUUGUAAAUUUAGUAAACUGAGAUUAAUACCUUUAUCCCGGAAUUAUUCUCACAAGAGCGAAGCCCCAGGGCGUAAUUAGUGCAGUUAGUUUUAUCGUAUACAAGGCCUGAUAUAGGGAAGAGGGAUAAGACCAAAACAUACUUGUUAAGCGUUCAUUAAGUUUUUUUUUUAUGAAUAAAAGCCAGUGCACAAGUAUUGUACAGCACAAUUGUGCGGACUGGCACAAUUACAUACAGAAAAGAGAUCUUUGGUGAUGAUGUUUGCCAUAUAAUAAUUUCAAAUUUCAAAAAUAACGCAUUUACAUACUUUAAUAUUUUAGAAAGUAAGAGUAUUCUGAAAAUGUUAUCGCCAACUUACCUUAUGUGCCUUAUUAAUAUUUUAUUAUUCACUUUGAUUCUGAGUAUGAGUUGCAGAUCCAAAUAAAGGAAAGUUUAAUUCGGAUUGUAGGAUUAGGCCGAGUCACGAAAAUCAAGGCUUUAGUACUUCUUUUGUAUCUGCCAAUGGCCCAAUAGUAACAAGGAGAAAAAAAAUACAAUCAUAUAAGCCUCAAUGUAUAAUUAUAUAUAUUAUUUGAUUGAAAACGAUCAUAUUAUUGUUUUCAUUUUGCUAAAACUCAUCAUUUUGUGUUAACUUUGUAUAAGCAUACUUUGUUAACAUAUUGCUGCGUGGCCUAAAACACAAAAGAUAUAUAUAUCAAGUCAGACAAAUACUUUGUGUGCUCGUUAGUAAAUAUAUGAUAAGUGCAAUAGUGCCAUUUAAUAUAGAACACGCAUUCGUUCGUUCAAUGAACGAAAUAUGUGUAUGUAUAAGUAAAUUGAGUGAGGUAAUUUAUGCAUAGUAAAAAAUGAUUUUUAAUCUAAUCACGCGCAUGGCGGCAUUGGUGUUAGCAUUUUAAAAACCGAAUUCUAUUAUUAAUUUAUACAAGUCUGUGGAACUUCCCUAUUAAGUUUUAAGUAUAAUUUUAUAUGUAUUUUCUUUUUAUAAGUAAAAUAGCUUGUCUCUUGCACCAAAGUGCUUACAUGAAGAAUAAUAUAAGCGACUAGUUUUGGUUAAGUUAUGGAUAGGCAAUAUUUUGAAAGUUGUAUCCAAUUACGAUAUACAAAUGUCGAUUUUUAAGGAAUUUACUUAAACUUGUUAUACAAAUCGAAUUUUACAUACAUAGUUAGAUAUUUUUUGUAUGAAUUUUGCAUGCCUUGUACGUUGAAACUUAUGUAUAUACAAGUUAAACGAUGUUUGUUGAAAGCUGUAUAAAUAUAUAUGUUAGUUCUUUAUAUACAA